AUGGGUGGGGGUGUGGCAUUCAGCUAUGCAAACCUCAUCAGUAACGGUAGAGCUGCACAACUUACCUGUGUAAUGAUCCAAAUUUUUGUGCUUUAUUCCAAUUCUGACUAUAUUGGAUCUGGGACAUUUAUUUUGGCUACUGCACUAUGCCUUUACAAUUUCUACGUACUCGCAAAACGUUGGGUCAACAGUAUUGAUGGUCGUUUUGACAUGCGUCAAAUGGUACGAGAAAAGGAUACUCAGCUGAAGUUGAUGUAUGCUGCAGGCGAGUUUCUCAGACAUGGCGUCUAA